GCUCUCUAGAGAGACUCUGGACAGACCAAAACCCUUAAAACCCUGCAGUUUAACCUGCAGUAUAAACUUAUUGUAAUGCAAACACAUAUAUAACUAAUACAUGUUAAUAAUAAAUCUCUGAAGCUCAGCUGGCUACACACUGACUCCACACUCCUGUGCACUGAGCUGAAUGAACCCCAGACUGGGGCGGAUUAAAACUGGCUGACCUUAAGCCGGUUAUCUCUCAGAUAGAUUCUCGGCCAUCAUGUCAGGACUGUGUGUAGGAGACUCGGGGAGAUACGUGUUUUUCUCUCAGUUUUCAGGACUAUAAGCUCUGUGGAGAUGGAGGACUGCAGGCCAGGCUCGCCUCUGAUGCACCUGGACCUGAAUAACUUCGACACACCUGAAGCAGAACUCAGCAGGUACGUUCUGACCAGCCCGAGGUCACUGGAGUCUUGUGCGAGGUUAGGGGUAAAACCUAUUGACCUGCUCUUCAAGACGCUCACAGAAUUCAUGGAUGAACAUCAGGACACUCCAAUGGAAGCACUUGCAGCGCUAUAUGAGGUUUAUGAGAGGGGGCGAAGGGAGCGUGUCCGGCUGUGUCGGAAAGAGAGAGAGAGAAUUAUACAGGAGGGGAAAGAGCCAGUGUUGGCCAUGAAGCCGUUCUCGGGUUUGGAGACAGUGCUGGAGCAGGCCAGCGAGACCCAGAGCAUUGACUCCAAAAUCAAAAAGUGCCACAGCGAAUCAUUGCCAAUGGGAAAGAGUCGAUCGGCAGUUGGGUUCGCUCACGACUCGCACAUGACCAAGACGCCAUCCGAGCCGAAAUCCCCGUAUUCUAGUCAGCUCCUGCCUUACAGUCACAGCCUGGGCGACCUCCGGCACUCUCCAUCCACUGCAAGGAAGCUGGGCAGGCUUCGACAGGACAUCUGCAGGAAGCUGAAAGUCACUGUCCCAGAAAAGGACUGCAAGAUAGCAGCACUGAUGCUGGUCAAGCAGGAGGAGGAGCAAGCCCAGAUACUUCAGAGCCAGAGGGAGCAGCAGCGGCGUGAGGAGGCACAGAAAAAGGAGGAGGUGAGGCGGGCCAUCGUAGAGCAUAGGAGACGAAAGGAGCUGCUGCGAAGCCUUCGGCUUUGGCAUGAGGACAUAGAGGCACGGAGGAGGCAGCGGCAGAAGGAGCAGGCGGAGGUGGCACAGCGCCAGAAAUGGGAGACGUUGGAGCAAGAGGAGCGCUGGAGGAGGCGGGCGGAGGAGCAGGAGGAGCGGCGGAGGAACCAGCUGGAGAAGGCACGUAAGGAGGCAGAGGAACGCACGCGCCGUCGAGAAAAUCUGCUUGGGGAGUUGCAGAGGAAGGAGCAGGCAAAGAAAGAGGAGGCGCUGGGCAACGCCAAGGUGAGGGAGUUUCAAGCUAGGAGGAGCAAAAGUAUGAAGGAAAGGAGAGAGCGACAGAGGUUAAGGGAGGAGAACCAGCGAGACCAACUGCGCCACUCCCUCCUGAAGCGUGAAGUAGAGGAGAAAGCCCAGGCUGAGGAGGAGGUGAGAAGGAAUGAGCUGGAACGGAGGCUGCAGCGUUCCGAGGAGAAACACUCCCAGCUGCUGGAAGCGAGGCUGGGGGAUUUGCGGGAGCGGGCCAAGAAAGAGGCGGUGCGAGCCAGGCGGGCUCGUCUGCGGGCCUGCCAGGAGCAGAAGGAGCGGCAGGAGGCGAAGGAGGUGCUGGCACAGCUUAGCCAGAGGAGAGCAGAUGAGGCACAGCAGCAUGUAGAUCAGCAGAGCAGGAGCCGGGUGCAGCAGGUCAUGCUAGAGAACCUGGAGAAGGAGAUGAGACACCGCAGGCUCCGGAAGCAUGUCCUGAAGGUGGACGAGGCCCAGCUGGAGCAGAGGAGGGACGCCGUGGCUUUAAAGGAGCAGCGCAGGGAGCAGCUACGGAGAGAGCGGGAGGAGGCGCUGGAGAACAGCCGAAAAGUGGCCCACGCCUCCUCCUGCAUGAGGGAGAUCGUGAGGGAGCAGAGCCGCAGCAGAACGUUCCAGCAGAUGGCGCUGCAGGCUGAGUUAAGUGCCCACCUGAGCCGCUUAAAGCUUUGAGCAUUUUAGUAUUUUAGUGCACAGACAAAAUAAUCUGUUAACACUCACUUACAAAAUCGUAACAUUUCUACAGGCAUGCAGCAAUACAAACACGUAAACAAAUAAAAAUUUAUAAUAUUGUUGUUCCCACAAUGCAUUCCUGUCGAUAAACACACCAUGAAUGAUUUGAUGUAAAAAUUAAAAUGUCUUGCCUUUUAUUUUAUUUUAUUUAAUUAAAUUUUAAUUGUUCUUAUUCAUAAUGUAAACAGAGUUAUCUGGAGUGAUUUUAUGUGGGAUGGUCCUUUGUAUAGGAUUAUUUACUGUUGUGGCGUCAGGAAUAGAAAAUGGCCAAUACAGACAUUUUAUUUCCUAAAAAAAUCUCUUUCUUUUUAGGACAGUAUGGAAAUUGCUAUUAAAUGCUGUGCUUUUUACAUUUACUUUUACAUUUAUUUUAAUAACAGAAAGUAUGAAACCAAUAUAUUUCAGUUAUAUAAACUUUAUUUAAUGCAUUAAUAUACACCCGUUCCUGCAUUUCAGGCCUGCAACACUGAAAGGACUCAAAGGUUCAUCCGUUUGAAAAGGUUUUAAUGGUAAGGACUUUAUUGGUAAAAUGUAUAAAGUUUAAAUACACAGUAUUUACACCUGUGGGAAGAUAAUUGUUUAAAACUUCACUAGAAUAUUUAUAGAGUGAUUAAUUAUAAUUAAUUGUAGACUAUAAUAAUGGAGUUAAGGAUAUUUAAAAAUACUGACAAUUCCAUAGAUAGGCUAAAAGAUACAGUAUAACUGUAAUUUGAUUUAGGUGUCUGGCAACAUGAUACCUGCACACUGAGAAUCAUAUCAGUAUCAGCAGGUGUUUGUGACUGCAUGUGAGGAUACUUUUUUUUCAUAUUGAGUAAACGUCAUUUAUUUAGUUUUUUUGUUUACUUAGUUAAAUAUUUCUUCUCAUAAUCUGGAUUAUAACAUUACUCAAAUAGAGCUAUUCACUGCAUACCAACUCUACCUCUUCACACCUUUACAACUGAUGCUCUCAAACACAAUAAGAGACAAACAUUUUAAGUCAUUAACUCUUGAUAAGUUCAGCACAGCUGUUACCUGAAAGCCUGAAUUCCAGGUGACUCUACUACAUAAAGCUGACUGAGAAAAUCCAACCAAGAUGUGCAAAACUGUCAUCUAAGCAAGAGGUGCUAUUUUGAAGAAUCUAAAAUAUAAAACAUGUUCUGAUUUGUUUAAAACUUUUAAA